UGACGGAUAGGCUCCACCUAUGCUCACGGACAGCGUGCAUGGCACCACCGAUUCGACAAGGUUCGGGGGUCUAUUUCACCGCCAAGCAGACACCACCACCUCCCGUCUCGCAUAGGAAUUUCCCGGGCCGUCCAAUGGUUCGCUUCGUUUGUUUGUGAUCCAGCUGGAACGGCAUGGUGCCUUUUUUGCCUGCCCGCCUUUUUCAUAUCGAGCCUGGCGGCCAUCGCGCUGCUGUGCGUUUGUGGCUUCGGAUCUAUUUCGAUUUGGUGCACGGAACCCACAGCAAGGGCCCUCACAGCUGAACCGAGGAGCUGCUCCGCGUUGACCGCCCCACUUAUCCAUCAUCUAUGUUGCCCAAAAUACACGCCUCCAUCCAGAGAGCUCGUGCCGCCAUUGCUGCUGCGGCUGAUGCCGCUAUUCUACUCCACACCCGUUUAUAACGUUAGCACCCCGAUACUUGCCACUUGACUCUGCCACUACCUUCUCCAUCACCCCUGGUUACUCUAGCCCAGGCGAGGACUGGCCAUGGACUCGCAAAUCUCCAACAUUGAGAUGGUAAACCUCACUGGACCUCAGUCAAAAGUAGCCAGCAUGGCCAAUGAGCCACCCGCUACCCCUCGCCCGCGCCUGAGGGUGAAGAAGCAACCUCCGCAGAAGAGUAUUGACCAGUUCUGGGAGAAGUUCACCACCAAGCACCCGGGCAAGGUCUUCACAAUCCUGCCCAACAAUCUUUACGCCAGACGCGCUGCCGCCUUUGCCCCCAGAGGUUCCAUCCCAGGUCAAAACGCUCUCCAGUCUUACCAGGAAGCGGUCGAUGCUUGCAAGAGAAAAGUCGCCAAAAUUGUCAAGGAGUGCCGGCGAUUGAACCAGAAAUAUCGCGAUCCGCAUUUCGACAUUGAGGCCGAUUUUAAAAGAACCCAGCAGAACCCCGAGAUCCCUCCAGACUGUCUGACGGCGCUCGACAAUCAGUCCACAGAGUAUCAUCCCAUGUCCGUCAAGAGAAUCGAGGACAUCUUCGAUAAGCCCCAAUUUUUCAUUGAAGGUGCCACCGCCAACGAUGUUCGACAGGGGAACGAUGGCGACUGCUGGUUCAUGUCGGCUUUGGCGACGAUAAGCAACAAAGAGGGCCUGAUACAAACCGUCUGCGUUGCGCGCGAUGAACAGGUAGGGGUGUACGGCUUCGUAUUCCAUAGAGACGGUGAAUGGAUAUCGGAAGUUAUCGAUGACAAACUAUACCUGAUCAAGGAGGACUUUGACGAAGCCACACUCGGUCGUCACCAAUGGCUUGAACUGGGUAACCGCAAGAGCCCGGAAGACGAAUAUCGUACUGUAAUGCAGACAGGGUCCAGGGCUCUGUAUUUCGCGCAGUGCAGCGACCCUAAUGAGACAUGGCUGCCUCUGCUGGAGAAAGCCUAUGCUAAAGCCCAUGGCGAUUAUUCCACCAUCGACGGCGGUUUUGUGGGUGAAGGAAUUGAGGAUCUUACCGGCGGUGUCACCUCUGAAGUUUUCGCAACCGACAUCCUCGACAAAAAUAAAUUCUGGAGAGAGGAGCUGCUCAAUGUGAACAAGACGUUUCUCUUUGGCUGUGGGCAAAUGGGUGGUAUCUACGGACAGCGCAAGGGAAUCCAAGAAAAGCACGCCUACUCCAUCAUGGAAGCACAGGAGAUCGACGGCCAGCGCUUGCUCAAACUCCGCAACCCUUGGGGCCGAACCGAGUGGACCGGCCGAUGGAGCGAUGGUUCUGAAGAGUGGACCCCGGAAUGGAUGCAGAAACUCAAUCACAAAUUCGGCGAUGACGGCGUCUUCUGGAUUCACUACAACGACCUGCUCAGACACUAUCAACACUUUGAUCGGACGCGUUUAUUCGGACCUGAGUGGACUGUUUCCCAGCAAUGGACUAGCGUGAACGUCCCCUGGUCGGUCGACUAUCUCGACACCAAGUUCACCCUCCACCUAUCGAAGCCAAGUCCUGUGGUCAUUGUGCUGAGCCAGCUGGAUGACCGUUACUUCCAAGGCCUUGAAGGACAAUAUGAAUUCAACCUGCAAUUCCGCCUUCACAAAGACGACGAGGAAGACUACAUCGUACGUAGCAACACCGCAUACUUCAUGAAGCGGUCUGUAUCCACUGAACUGGACCUGGAAGCUGGUAACUAUACUGUACUCUUGAAAAUCAAAGCAACCAGGUUGGACCAGCCCAUAGCCGAGGAAGUCAUCCGCGCCAACUGCAACAAACGGCGCGAAAAACUCCUUUCCAUUGGACUUUCGUAUGAUCUUGCGCACGCCAAGGGUGCAUUCCGGGAGCAAGAAAAGGACAAGAUCCGCCGGGAGCGCGAACAAAAGGUUGAGCGCAAGAAGCGUGAGAUGAAACACCGCCAUGAACAACGUCAACGCCUCCGAAAGAAGGCUCAUUUACGCGAGCAAAAGAAGGCCGCUAAGCAAGGGAAAAGCAGCACCCGUGAGAUUCGGGAAGUCCAAACAAAGUUGGAGGCUCUUACUGGCCUUGGCAUCAACGUUGAAGAAGAGCAGCGUUUAUCGGAGACGGAUGAAUCCAAGCCUGUACAUCAAUCAAUCGCGCGCCACCAGAAAGCUGCCAGCGUGGGGGGAGGUGACGUGACCCGCGAACGUUCAUCCUCUCCCAGCGGCACAUUUGGUGGUAGGGGCGGAUACAACAGAGGACGUGAUGGUUACAAUGCGGCUCUCCCAGGAGCUCUGCAAGGUCGUGGUGGCUAUAAUCGCGAUGCUGGACAAGUGUCGAGCAUGGCGGAAGCCCUUGCACAUUCUGGCCGAACCGGAAGCCCUGGAAGCUCCGGUUUCGGAGGCAGAGGAGGCUACAAUCAAACCUCGGGUGGUUAUGAAGGUCGAGGAGGGUACAACCAAAACGCUUAUGAAGGCAGGGGAGGCUACAAUGCUGAUGGUCGCGAUGGAUACAACGGAAGGGAUGGCUAUAACGAAGGCGGGAUUCGGGACUCGCCCAUCCCCACUCCUCUUAGCGAAGAAUUCCAUCCCGGUACCCCAUCACAAAACCCUCUCAGCCCUCGACGUCAAGUUCAGCCUUCACCGACACCAUCUCGCCGUGCAACCUUGUCCCCAAUCCCAGGCAUUAGGCCAGGCAUUCAAGUCACCCGUGGCCGUGGCCGUGGCACCAGUAUUUGCUCUCACCGUGCCCGCCAGGGUGCCUACUCACCGUACGACUUUUCGGACGAGUCUACCUGGGACUCCGAGAUCGACGGUCCUGAUUCCUGCGAUUCAGAUUUGGAGUCCGAGGACGAUGAAGUACUUCGGCAUUACCGCGGACGCCACGAGGAGGAGGAAGACGAGUUCGAGAGCGAUCCCUGGAACGCUAUCUGCGUUGUCGGGCUGCGGGUUUACUCCAAAGAUACAGAUGUUACUAUUGAAGUGCAUAACGGUGAGGGUGAGCGUGAGCGGGAGCAGGAGCGUGAGCGAGAAAGGAAAAGGGAAGCAGAUGAUGGAGCUUCCGUCAUCAGCGUUCCGCUCGCGAGACGAGGAACGGAAUUAGACGUCGAUGACAGCGCUGCGGACGCCACGAGCCCGCUGCGCACGAGAAACACGCUAGAAUCAGCUCUCGCGUCUCGAGCGCAGAACGCGGAGAAAGUCAAGCUCGUUGGAGAUGCUCCGGCUGGCAAGGAGAGGAAUCGCCAGGGCACGCUCUCUUGA